GCAGCUCCGAAGCCCACAGCUCUCACACUGCACCCGCACCCUCACCCUCCAGCAUGAAGGUCUCCGCAGCACUGCUGUGCCUGCUGCUCGCCGUGGCCCACUUCGGCACCCCGGUGCUGGCUCAGCCAGAUGGCAUUGGCCCAGUCACCUGCUGCUACGUAUUCACCACUAAGACGAUCCCGAUGUCGAAGUUGGUGAGCUACAAGAGAGUGACCAGCAGCAAGUGUCCCAAAGAAGCUGUGAUCUUCAGGACCAAACUGAACAAGGAGAUCUGCGCUGAACCCAAGGAGAAAUGGGUUCAGGCUGCCUUGGAACACCUGGACAAGAAAACCCCAACUCCGAAGCCUUGAGCACUCACUCCACGACCCAAACAUCCGAACCUAAUUUAUUAUCUUCUAACUCUCCCUGAAUGCCCUCUGAUAAUUUUAUUGUAUUUUCAAAGAAUAUGAACUUCGUUUAUUGAUAUGAAGCCUGAUGGCUUAAGUAAUGUUAAUCUUAUUUAAGUUAUUGUUGUUUUAAAUUUAUCUUCCAUGAAUACUGGUGUAUGUUAGACAUGGAGACGUAGGCAAAUUGCCUUCCUCUGUGAACUUCAAUUCCAUCCUUGAAAUGGAAUGAGGGUCCUUACAAAAUUAUUAGUGCAAACACUUGUUGUUUUAAAUGCUAAGGUAUUGCUAAAAAUGUGAUUGUGGAGAUACA